ACUACCUGAUGCACGAAAGCACUGCCAUCGACGAGGUUACCACUCGUCUCAUUCAAUACUACCAGAAGACACUGCUGCAAUCUUACUUUCCCUACAAUGGCUCAGAAGACGUAUAUUCCCCUUGAGAAUAACCCUGAAGUUAUGACCAAGUUGGCACAUGAACUAGGUCUCUCAUCAACGCUUGCUUUUCAAGAUGCAUAUAGCCUGACGGAACCGGAUUUGGUGGCAAUCCUCCCCAGACCGGCAAAUGCCCUUCUAUUCAUCUACCCAUGUACAGAGCACAGUGAGGCAUACUAUGCCCGAGUGAAUGAGGCAGAACCAGACUAUCAAGGCUCAGGACCUGAUGAGCCCGUCAUGUUCUACUAUCAGACGAUUCACCAUGCUUGUGGGCUAAUAGGACUCUUGCAUUGCAUUACCAAUGGAACUGCCGCCGAUCUCAUUCAGCGCGACAGUGACCUCGAUAAGUUUGUAAAGGAAGCACUACCCCUCCCACCAACAGAGAGGGCCCAAUAUCUUCAUGACUCAGAUGUUUUGGAGAAAGCUCACGCCACCGCUGCACAGGCAGGCGACAGCACGGCUCCUCCUUUGGGCGAGGAUCCUGGCCAUGCUUUCAUUGCUUUCGUCAAGGGUAAGGAUGGCCAUCUAUGGGAAUUGGAAGGUAGAAGGAAAGGCCCGGUCGAUCUUGGACAGCUCGGAGAGGAUGAAGAUGUGUUGAGUGAGAAAGCACUGAAUAUGGGACCACUUCCGUUCAUCAAGCGCGAAGAGGCAGCCGGAAGCGGCGUGCUGCGGUUCAGCUGCACCGUCCUUGGACCCAGCAUAGACGCUUGAUUUUGGCCUCUGAAAGCCAUGGUUACCGCCGUUCAGGUCGUCAGGAGAAAUUCUGGGCUCUUCAGGUCCACCCAGCCCAGGUUUGGCUCACUCUGCUUCCAGCCAAGGCGUUCUUGCACAAUUUUCGAAUAGGUCUUCACCUCCUCAAUCGGGUAGGACAAGAAUGAAAUUUCUUCCUGUCUAUGCACUCCGGUGCAUGAAAACA